AAGAAUUUUAUCAGGCUCUCCGGCCCUGGCGUCCUCCGGAGCGGUGAAACAUCACUCUUCGCCCCCUGCACCAGCACACUCCCCACCUUCCCUUUAUCUCCCUGCUCCCCCCCCCUCCCCCUUCCUCUUCUUUCCUCCUCUUUCCCUUCCUCUCCUCUCCGCGCGAGCCCUUGCCCCGCAUUACACAUCGCGCCCAUGAGCAUCCUCUACAGUGCUGUGGCCCGCCGCCCCGGCUCGGACAUGUCGUCCCCCUCGGCGGUCACCAUCCUCGUCGAUCACUCAACUCUUUCGGGUAACCUGUCCAAGAUCGCCACCAGCGUCCUGUCCAAUGUGUCCAACCCCGGCAAGAUGUCCUACGACUACGAUGGCUACAUGUUCCACACGGAGACGCACGAACGCGCGAUCUACCUCUGUAUCAGCCCCCCGACGGCCUCGCGCUCGGUGACCUACGACUACCUGAAGCACCUGCGCAACAGCUUCGAGCGGAACUUCAACGUGUCCACCAUUGACCAGGCCCUGCCGUACGCCUUCCAGUCGGAGUUCGGCCCGACCAUGGGCCAGUUGGUGAGCGACUUCAACAACCGCACCGGCGUGGCUGCCCAGUCGGACGUCCUGGCCCGCACGCAGGAGGAGCUUGACGCUGUCAAGGGGAUUAUGCACGAUAACAUCGCCAAGGUCAUGGACCGCGGUGAGCGCAUCGAUGUCCUGAUGGACCAGACCGAUCGCCUGCACCAGCACUCCUUCGAGUUCAAGCGCAAGUCCACCCAGCUGAAGCGCGCCAUGUGGUGGAAGAAUGUCAAGCUGAUGGUCCUGCUCGGAUUCAUCGCCAUCGUCCUUGUUUACUUGUUCGUUUGCAUUAUUUGCGGCUUCCCCGCGUGGCACAAGUGCAUCAAGAGCGGUGGUGGCGGUGGUGGUGGCAGUGGCAGCACCAGCGCCAGCACCAGCGCCAGCGGCAGCUCCGCGGCGGCCAUUGCCAUUCAGGCCGUCCUGGUCGAUGCCACUGCCGCGCUGGCUGGCGCCGCCCUGGCUGCCGGACAAGCUGCCCACCGCCAAGUGGCAGCCGUUCUCGGCUAAAGCCACGAGCACACGUCCAUGCUCCUUCAUAUAUAUAUACAUAUACUUAUCACGCUCGGCCUGUGGAGGCACGUCGGGGUAUAGCUGGCUCCUCGCAUUUUCCCUGCCACACCGGUCCACACCCCUCCAGGCAACAUUUCCGCACACGGUCGAGCCUAAGCCGGGGAGCGGGGGAAAGGGAGCAUACUUUCCUCUUCUCCCAUUUCCCUCCCCCCCCUCCUGGACAUGUGCGCGCCCCCGAUGGCCACACCCGCACAAACACCGACGAUGAGACACGACUCCCUCCAUCCUCCAGGCGAAAACCAAAACACAUAAACAAACACCCAACUUCA